UGCAUAUGAUUCCAGACUACAGGGGAGUUACACAGAAUAGUCUGAGGCAUUUUUUAUCAGUCAAGUGUGGUCGCGUGCAGCUAACGCACGACUCGCCGUUCCUCCAAAUCGUCUUUUUGUUUUACCGCCGGCUAUUCGGAAAUCAUUUGCCUUAGUCCCUUUUAUUUACAACCUCAUUUCAGUGUAAUUUGUUUCCUCGUAUGUUUUUUCAAUUCUGGAAUUUCAAACGGUCCGCGAUAUCUCAAAAAUUGUGAUUUGGGUGAUAUUUUAUGAUCUUUUAACGAUUCACUUGACAACGAUCAACACACUGGCGCUACAUAUCUCGUUUAACAAAUUAAGGCUGGCAGGGAAAAGAGAAACAGAGACGAGUUUGUCACAGGUAAAACCUGGAAGGACAUGCUCGCUCAUUGGUAAUUUCUACAAUCAGUAUCAGCGCCGACCUCGCUCCACCAGAUUGUCCGUAGUCGGGAAAGCCGAGACCAAGUUCCCUCAAGUAGAUCCUGUUUGAAACCAUUUUUCAGUCAAGCUCAGACAUGGUCAGAUUACCGCACACGACGAAUGACCCUCAGCUGGUAGAUGAAGAAGAGUUGGAGAACGAUCUGCAAUUAAAAAGUAGUCAAGAGCAUCUGGUGACAGAUACCAUCGAUGCUCCAUUGAAACAUACGAUUAUCAUUCCAAAUCUAGGGAUGCCAUCCGAGAAAAAGAACAAUCAGUGCUUCGCUCUUGCUUACAAUCAGAUGGAUUGUAGCAGACCACAAUUAAACUUAGAAAGUCCAGUGGAUGAUCCAAAAACCGACAAACGUAAGGAGAAAGCUGCAGGUGGAGAUGGUUCGCUGUCAAGUGGAUGCUCAAUAGUGACGAUCUCAUCAGCAGCCAAUUCAGAGCCCGAUCCAGCAUCUCCAGAUGGGCAAAAUACCCUGGGGAGAAGUCGAAGUGUUCUCGAUGAGAGAUGGCAACACACUGCACUUCAAGUAUCUGUACCAUUCUUCAUCGCCGGUGUUGGUACCAUUGGAGCUGGGCUGGUGCUAGGUACCGUUGAAAAAUGGGAAGUAUUCACCAAAGUCUCUCAGCUAUUUAUCCUUGUUCCAUCACUUUUGGGCCUCAAAGGCAACUUGGACAUGUGUCUAGCAUCACGACUUUGCACUCAAGCUAAUUUAGGAAAUAUGAACAGUUACCGAGAGAUCGCGAAAAUGGUAGUUGGUAAUUUGGCACUUGUACAAAUACAAGCCAUUGUCGCAGCAAUUAUAGUUUCAAUAUUUGCAUCGGCUGCCCACGCCGCUAUGAAUGGGGUUUUCAUCUGGGAUCAUGCACUACUUGUAACCGCUUCCAGUCUAUGCACUGCAACCAGUUCCUGCUUCGUUCUCGACCUAGUGAUGAUUGCGGUGAUAAUGGCAGCUCACAGAUGGAAAAUGAAUCCUGAUAAUUUGGCAACACCUCUGGCAGCGUCAUUUGGCGACGUCGUCUCUGUGAGUGUUCUAGCCAUAAUCGCGUCAAAUCUUUUCAUUCGUAUGGAAGAAGAAGUAUUCAUACUCUAUCUGAUUAUCGGUGGUUAUCUACUGAUUUUACCCAUCUGGAUAUGCAUCGUCCUGAGAAAUAAAUAUACCCGGAACAUUCUAACGUCUGGAUGGGUGCCAGUCUUAUCCGCCCUGUUUAUCAGUGGACUGGGAGGAUUGAUUCUGAGUCAAGCCGUCGAUGUACUCUCGGGAUUCGUUAUCUUCCAGCCCAUAAUCAACGGCAUAGGUGGCAAUCUCGUCUCAGUUCAAGCCUCGAGAAUCUCUACAACCCUUCACCAAACUUCAAUUAUGGGAAUAAUACCACCGUAUACUAAAGUACUCAUUAGUCCUUUCAAAGCUCUGAUAAGAGGAGUUCCAUUUGCAAAAACUGCAAGACUAUUGAUCCUGAUGGGAGUGACAGGAGAAAUUGUAUUCAUAUUUGCCGCAGACUACAUCGAACAACGACAAUCGACGUUGCACGUUUAUUUCGUAUUGUCUUACGUUAUCGUAGCAUUUUUACAAAUAAUGCUGCUUCUGUAUGUAGCUCACAUAAUAAUUCAUGCCAUGUGGAGGUUCAAAAUCGACCCCGACAACUCGGCGAUUCCUUACUUAACGGCACUCGGUGACUUAACGGGCACAAUGUUCUUAGGGGGUGCCUUCUGGUUCCUCAAGGAGAUUGGCUAUCCUUAUGCCUUCAACGUUAAGACCUAAGGGGAUGCAAUGGAGGAAUUUAUUAGGAAUCUAAGCAAAGGCUCAAGGGCAUUAGGACAAUGGCUUGUUGAUUUGAGAUUCAAUUCAAUAUCGCAAUACUCGAUGAUUGAGGUAUUUGAAGGACAGUUAUAAAGGACCAUUGAUUUCCAAUGUAAAUAUUCAAGAAACGAGUACAGUGGAAGUAUUAACAGAAGAAAAAGUAUUUCAAACUUGUUAUAAUCACGUUAGAAUGAUAUAAAUGGGAGGAGUGGGAAGAUGAACGAACUGAGGGGAUAGAUAACUCAAACUCACUCUUUCAAUAUCGGAUAUUUCUAACUCAUGUUUACCAGAGCAAUGAAAAUGCAAUAGACAUAAUCAUGGGAGACCGAUGUUAAGAUGGCACUUCGUUAAUUGAAGUGGAAAAUGAAAACAGUGUGGUAGAAAUCCUCCACGUUUACCCAAUGGAAUUUGUCGUUUCUGCUUUUUUCAUACGGAAUCGUAUAUUCAUAAAUCAGCAUGCAAUACUCAAAGGGGAGUAAUACACUAUUUGAUAUUUAUUUUAUUGUUGUAAAUGUGAACGUGCGAUGUACGCACGACUAAACUCAGAAAAAAAUGAACAUAAAAAUGGAUUCAUCUCGAAAAUGCUGAAGCCUCACAGUGAACAGGAUAAAAUGUAGUAUAAAAUACACUUUAAACUUUGUAAAUCAUUUGUAUAUAAUGGUAAAUGCUAACUGGAGCGAUUUAAGAAGGCAAUAUUUGCUAAAUGAGAUGUGUAUUUGCUUCUGAUUGUUUUUAUUUUCUGAAUAAAGGAAAUUAGCCAGAA